UACAUACGGCCCUGCCACUAACAAAGAGUCAUCUCGUGUCAGUCAUUUAUUAUUUCGAAAAUUAUGAUCAUCAAUUUCUUAUUGGCUUCUUCUCUAAUCGCUGCCACCUGGAGCCAACGUGUUCCACCAUCGACUACUCCAGUGCCUCCACCAAAUUUUCCGGACCCGCCGACCCAGGAGCAGGUUCAGCAACAGGGAGGCGGAUUCUUUGGGAAUCUAGAAAAUGGGAUCUCAACGACUCCUGGAGCAUUUUUUGGUGGAAAUGGAGGAUUCCAGCCGCAACAGAAUCAACAGAACCAGGGAUUGAACAAUAAUAAUGGCGGAUUUUUUGGUGGGAACAACAAUCAAAACCAACAGCAACCGCAGCAGCAAGGAUUUCAAACACAGCCGCCAUCCAAUAACUUCUUCGGAAACCAAAACGAUCCCACCAAUCAGGGAUUCCAAAAUAAUAACAAUAACAAUGUUAAUAACAAUAAUAAUCAACAGCAACUCCAAAACCAACAAGGAUUCCAAAACCAAAACCAAGGAUUCCAACAACAACAACAGAAUGUUAAUAACAAUCAAGUAACAUUUGGUCAGCAAGGUGUAAAUCAAGGAUUCCCUGUGUCCAAUGCAUUCCCGACUAAUCAGCUUCCACCGAUCUUUGGGAGAAGAAAGUGAAUUUGAAUGAACUUGUAAUUAUAGUUGAAUAAAGUUUUUGGGCGAAU